GUAGAGGUUAGUGGUGAUUACCCAUGUUCACUGUGUGCCAGAUCACUUGUAAAAAAACAUGUUUACCCACUGCCAUUCUUAACAGUGACAAUCCAAAUGAUUCAAUACAAAGACUCAAUUAAAACAAAAUUUAUUUCCAUGUAAAAUUAGCAAUAUCAUAUUGAUUUUGUACUUUACGAUCACAGCCAGGUCACUGUAACUAUUAAAUAUUAUAUUUGACUCUUAAUCAGUCAACAUUAUGCUGAAAAGGGAAAAAAUACACCUUGUUAUAUGUACGAUUUUUCCAAUGUGACAUAUCAGUCACAUCAUUAUAUAACAGAAACCAACUUGUUAAAGCGGACCUUCCUGUAAUGAUGAUUCAUUCACAUGUCAUUGGGAUUUGUUGACACAUAUAAUCAGCCCAACUGUAUUUAGUUUGUUACCAUGUGAAGUUGCUGUUGUUUUUUAGGAGUUUAAAUAUACUAUAAAUAUUUAAUACAUUUGGUUAAUAUUUGUAUUUUUUUCUAACAAUACCUUACAUUUGUGGGGAAAAAAACAACCUGUUUUUAACAAUAUGUGUUAUAGCUGCAACCUCUUUUUUUAAUCAUUCACAAAUUCUGAAGAUAAAUUGAUAAUGAAAAUAAUUUUGAGUUACAAUCCUAACAUUUCCUAGUGCUGCUUUGAGCUGACUGAAUGCUAACAACGGCAUGAUAAUAAGUUCACAAUGACUAUGCUAACAUGCUAAUGUUAAGCGGGAAUAAUGUUUGCCACGUUCACCAUCUUACUUAAGUAUAUCAGAAGCUGUUUUAUUAAUAUAAGUAUAAAAGGUCAAAUUGUUUUCAUUAAAUUUUGAUGGCGCUAGAUUGCAAAGGAAACAAUCAUCAAUACCUCGGUAAUUAAAUUUGAAGGGACCGUAUCUGCCUGUGCCAAAUUUCAUCAAAACUCAUCAUAGUCAAAGUAUUGUCAAAAGAUUGGUCACAGAGAAAAUCUGUUCAAAAAAUUUCAGGGAAAUUCCUCAAAUAAUUGUUGAGAUACUUCCCCAUAACCAAAAGUGCAAUCCUCUGGGGACCACGAUCCACCUAAAGGUUUUGGAGAUAAUUCAGUCUGGACGCAAGCAGUAGACCGACCAACUAAUAGAUAUGAUCAAAAAUGAGCGUCAUUGCGGAGACAGUUUAUAGUAGAAUCUAGUUUCAGUUAUUGUUUGCAGAUUGCAACCAACUAUCUCUUUAUUUAUUUAAAAGAUUGUGAGUUGAAUGUAUCAAUUCAACAGGGAGGACGAAAGCCUUUGGCUCAAUAGAUAGCGAGGCUAUGGUUUUGUGUGCACUGUUCCUUUAAAGCACUUUCAGGUUAUCCUUUGCAUUCUUCAAAUAGUUGGUGCAACCCUGAUGAGUCAGCGGCUUGAUAACCUUCAUAGUUUUUUCUCCCCUGAUUCAAAUCAAAGUAGACUGCUGCAUUUUUUUCCGGAGGUUUCUUUGUCAAAGCCAAAUAGGUCGACAACACAGUGCAUACAGGCUUUUUUUCUUCUUUUUCUUCAUUUUGUUUUUUUGCUUCGUCUGAAUUGUCAAGAUGCAUUUGCCAAACAAAGUCAGGGACUGGUGAAAGUGGGAAGAGCACUUUCAUCAAACAGAUGAGGAUCAUCCAUGGCAGUGGAUACAGUGAAGCCGACAGGAGGGGUUUCACCCGGCUUGUGUUUCAGAACAUUGUCACAGCCAUCCAGGCUCUGAUCCACGCCAUGAGGACGUUACAGGUUGACUACAUCGACGCGCACAACACUAGCCGCGCGGAAAAGCUGAGCAAAGUGGAGGCAGCCAUGGUGUCUGCCCUGGAGCCUUGGCAGGUUGAUGCCAUAAGGAACGUGUGGAAUGACCAAAGUGUUCAAAGGUGCUAUGACCGCAGGAGGGAGUUCCAGUUAUCUGACUCGGCCAAAUAUUACCUGAGCGACUUGGACAGAAUCACAGGCCCGUUUUACAUCCCGACCCUGCAGGACAUCUUGAGGGUCAGGGUCCCCACCACAGGCAUCAUAGAGUAUCCCUUUGACCUUUCCAAAGCUAUCUUCAGGAUGGUGGAUGUGGGUGGUCAGCGUUCAGAGCGGAAGAAAUGGAUCCACUGUUUUGAAAAUGUCACAUCCAUCAUUUUCCUGGCGGCCCUCAGCGAGUAUGAUCAAGUGCUCUAUGAAAAUCCCAAUGACAAUCGAUUGAGAGAAAGCCUCGCCUUGUUCAAGACCAUUCUUUCAUACCCUUGGUUCCAAGAGUCCUCCACCAUCCUCUUCCUGAACAAAACAGACCUGCUCGAAGAGAAAAUCUCGCAGUCCCAUUUGGCAACUUACUUCCCAAACUACAAAGGGCGUAGGAAUGAUGCUGCCUCUGCCAAAAAGUUCAUCCUGCAAAUGUACAUGGAGAAUCACAGUGGACAUGAGAAGCCCCUUUACACACACUACACCUGUGCCACGGACACCGAAAACAUCCGUAUCGUCUUCAAAGCCGUCAAAGACACACUCUUCAGAGAUAACCUGAAAAAGUUCAACCUCGAGUGAAAGAGGUCAAGGGACAAAGUGAUUUCUUUCACCCUUAGGAACAAGAAAGUCACAUGUUGUAACAUGUGCUCAUGGACAUUUUCCCUUUGAUGUGCUGUUGGCCCUCAGACAGCACUGUCAGGUAACAUGUUCCUGUCAGUACUGUAAAACACAGACAGUGUGUGUCUGUGCCCUGUUUUUCAACACAGUUCAUCACACAGUUUAAUUUUGGGUAUUUAUAUUUGCAACAGGAGGGAAAUGGACACCUGCAGCGUUGGUUAAUGUUUCUACAGAGGUGUUACAGAUCCCUCCUAUUCUAACGUUAUUCUCUGAGAAUCAGCCAAUGGUAGCAAACCGGUUUGACAGAGUCUGAUUUAUCAAUAAUUGAAGCAAGUCUGCAUUGCUACAUUGGGAGGCGCAAAAAAAAGGAUUGUCUACUGAGAAGUUCAGUGUCUUAAGUUUUAUUUAUACUUCAUAAUAUAGUUUAUGUGUGCAACAACAACCAUGUAGGCUGUGGAAUGAUUCUUCAUUAACUAAUAAAUAUUAAACCAAAUGUUUUUAAACAAACCAAA